CUCCAUCGCCAAAUCCUCAGACCGGUCUUGUCGAGUACAGCACCACCGACAAGAUGCCUACCCGUUUCUCGAAGACAAGGAAGCACCGCGGUCAUGUGUCCGCCGGUUACGGUCGUAUUGGCAAGCACCGCAAGCACCCCGGUGGUCGUGGUAUGGCCGGUGGUCAGCACCACCACCGUACCAACCUUGACAAGUACCACCCCGGUUACUUCGGUAAGGUCGGUAUGCGCUACUUCCACAAGACCCAGCAGCAGUUCUGGAAGCCCACCAUCAACCUUGACAAGCUCUGGUCCCUCAUCCCCACCGAGGAGCGUGAUGCCUACCUGAGCGGCAAGAAGACUGAUACCGCCCCCGUUAUCGACCUCCUCCCCCUCGGCUACUCCAAGGUCCUCGGAAAGGGCCGCAUCCCUGAGAUCCCCCUCGUUGUCCGCGCGAGAUACUUCAGCGCUGACGCUGAGCGCAAGAUCAAGGAGGCUGGUGGUGUUGUUGAGCUGGUCGCAUAAAUGGAGAAAAACCGGAUGUGAUUUUAGUUCAGGCGCAAGAUGCUUGGGGAUUAUGGAGAUAAAAAUAAAGAGUUUUCAACGCUGCGAUGACUUUCGCCUGGCCUUGUAACGGACGAAAAAAAAAUCCUGUC